GACAUAUCAACGCCUGCCUUGUGACAACUUGGAGGAUGACUCGCGAUUUGACUUUGUGUGAGCCGCCCCAUAAGCCGGGCUCUGCGGACUAAUAAUUAUAUGGCCUUGACAACAUGCGCUGAUCAGGUCGCUAUUGCCUUAGGUUCAACUGUACUUCACAAUACCCUUGUGAGCUGUUUCCUAGUCGACUUGUCAGUCAGGCCUUAUAUCAGUCGUUGGCCGCCGCACGAUGGGCUGCGGCUCGUCAGUUCCGAGUUCGCAUCCGGUGUUGCCCGGACCCAACCCUGUGAGCGCCCAGGAGGGCAUCUCGAAGCAUGAAGUCCAGAGUCAGGCACCGCAGCAGUAUGAACUGCCGCCCGCCCCCGCGGCAGGCCCUGCCGCACCGCAACAGCAGGCAGUAGGUGCCCCUCAGUAUGUCCAACAAGGUUAUGUGGCGCCGCAGCAUGUGGCUCCUGCCGAACCACAGCAGGCGGUCCCUCAGCAGCACAUUCAAGCGCCUGUGCCCGCCACGCCCGCACCAGCAGCUACAGUGCCGCAGCAGCAGCCGGUGCCGCAACCAGUCGUGCAACCAGCAAUGGUGGCCCCUGUUACACAAGCGGCGUCGCCGCAGCAGCAGACGCAGGAAGAUAGUUUCUUUCCCUCCGCCGCGACAACGGUGAUGUCGUUUGGCGCGCUGCCCGAGACCCUCCAAGACCUGCAUGACGGCAUGCCAUCCGAGAUCGCCGACGCGCCCAUGCGCCUCCUCAUGAUCGACGCAGUGCUGCGCUGGACCACGAUUGCGGUGUAUGAGGACGUGCAGCCGGGCGACUGCUGGGAAAUGCCGUACAGCCGCGUCAGCGACGACGUGUGGUCGCGGACCGCAGUGCUGAGCUGGCGUUGGGGUGCCUCCAAGCCGGCGGAGCGCCAACCGGGCUUCACGCCCAUGCUGCCGGCGCAGAUGGAGGAGCUGCAGAUAGCGCUACGCCGCCUGCGGAGCGCCGGGCUGCAGUACCUGUGGCUGGACUGGUGCUGCGUCCCCCAGUACAGCGCAAACAGCAUGGUGGAGGUGUUGCGGUCCAAGAUCUUCUACGCGCGCUCGCACGCCAUGAUCAUCAUCCCCUCCUACGAGGCGCUGCCAAAAGACGGCGUCGUAAAGCUGCUGCUGCUUAAGGCGCUGCGGCAACUCACGAGCAAGGCAGGGGCGUCCAAGGACAUGGCGGCCGCGGCGAAAGUGCUGCAGACCAUCAUGAACAAGGGUGUAGUGGCGGGGCGAGAGUAUUUCAGCCGUGUGUGGACGCUGGCGGAGCGAGUGGCGCGCUACGGCCGAAGCGAGCAGCUCAGCAACUGGCUGAGCCUGGAGGCAUGGCUGGGCAUGCUCGCGGACGCGCUGCUGAAGAGCACAGACAACCCGGCCGCGAGCCAAAUCUACAAGAAAAUCCUGGGCAGGGAGGCGGCACAGCUGCUGGAGACCAUCACGGUGCCCCUGGGAGCUGCCAUGACCACCGGCAGCAUGCUGGGCGGCGCGAAGGGGCUGGAGGAGCAGGUGGCCCGCGUGUUCGAGAUGGGCGCUGCUCUAUGGAGCUCAUCGCAUAGCCUAGUGGAGGCGCCCAACGAAGACUGGCUGCUGAGCUACCUGAUAGACGUCGACGCGGGCGUGUACACGGCCUGGAGCAACGCAGACCGCGUGUGGGCGGUGUACUCCUACUUUUGCUGGAAGACUCUGAACCAGGCGGAUGAGGCCUCACUGCAGCAGGCGGUGAUCGACCUGGCGCAAGUGGCGGGCGGUGGUGGCAAGCUGAUUGCCAAGGUUUCGCGGCAGCUGGGCCUAAAGCUUCCGUUACCUGAUAGUGUGCAGCAGGAUCUGCGAGCAAACCCGACAAGCCAGGAUCUCGCCGUGGCAGCGGAGGCAGGGGACGUUGCGCGAGUGCGCAAGCUGCUGGCAGACGGCGUGCUCCCGGAGGGGGAUCGGAACGGCAUCGACGCGGUGGGUUACGCCGCUAUGCACCAACGCACAGAAGUACUCCAGGCGAUGGUGCGCCUAGGAGUCAACGUCGACAAGGCGGUGGGCGGAGCAACCCCCCUCUGGCGUGCGUGCGAGGCCAACGCGCCAGCGUGCAUCCCCAUUCUCGUCAAGGCGGGAGCUGACAUUAACUUCAUGAACGAAUACCAAGAACACAAAACGCCUUUGGUUAUUGCUAUCGAGAAGAAUGCUCUGCAAGCCGUUGUGGCGCUGGUGGAGGCGGGGGCGGACACCAGCGUCUACCACCCGGACGGCUGCUCUCCGUUGUACCACGCCGUAUGGAAAGGAUAUGCUGAGAUAGCAAAGGCGAUAAUCAAGGCAGGCGGCGACCUAAACACAGGGCUUGAUGAGACCAAGGACUCGCCACUGGGCUAUGCGGCGUGGGAUGGCCAGAUGGAGGUCGUCAAGGCGUUGGUUGAGGCCGGCGCCGACCUCAACUACACGAACAAAAAAAACGAAACGGCGUUGGACCUGGCGCGCAUUCGGCACAAAAAUGACAUCGCCACCUACCUGGAGGAGGUCGCGGCGGGGCGAAACUAAGGUCCAUGACGUCUACAUGAAGAGGCGUACGUAUGGAGAGUGCCCCAAGGGUUCACGGAGAGCCACAAGCAGGGCAUGCGUUGCAGCGUGACAAACCUCGUGUGGAGCUUGCUUACCAUGUGUCUUAAUUGAGUUCCUAACGUUGCUGGGCUGGCCGGGUAUGUGCGCACAAGGCGGUUCCAGCAACAUGCGUGUCAAUUGUAAGGAAGAGUUGUGGCGGGCGGUGUGCAGUGAUGGCAAAAGCUCCCCACUCCCGAUGGCAAGGAAUCCUGUUGCAGCUGAUGGUGGGAGUGGUUGACUCGAAGGUGGCUCGAAGGUGGCUUGAGACAGUCACUUACAACAGGCUAUGCAAGCCUCGUGUUCUGCCUGGAAGUUUUUCUGCUACCAUUGUGGAUGGAGCUUGUAUGUGCUCGCUGAUUUAGGCUACACAGGCAGGUCAGCGGAGUGCUGUCAAAACGCGAACGCGAAUGUGCGCGACACUAAGAGACGUUGUAGUCGCUAGCACCCAUAGAAGGCCGGUUGCUAGCAGGAUGCAGUCACAGCAGACAUGUUACCUCAGGUCAUGUGGCAACACGGUGAUGUGAAGCCUUGCUGUGACCGUCUGCUGUUGCCGUGAACCACUCUCAGUGUUUUUUUUGGGUAAUACCAUUUCUUUCCGGUAAUAAAUCCGGAGGUGGGCGUCCGCAGCCGGUAAUGAGCACGCCGAAGGCGCGCCAAAGCCGUUACCGGCCGUAACUCCUUAAGGCCGGCUGGGGGCCGGGCGGGGGCGGGUCCACUACUCCACUCUGAACUGAUAACUUAUGUUGUUGAUGACGCCCAAGAUCUUAAGCCGUCAUUCCACGUGCAUUGGGAGUGCCCGACAAGGGGCGAUGCAUUAGGCUGCAUUAGGAUGCACCAUGACCCCUCGGCAUGGUGCCCCCCGCCCCCAAGGCAACUGAUCAACUGUCCCUUAUUCAUGUCGUUGAUCAGCCCCCUUCUGCAUGUAGUCUUCGCUGUAAAAAUCCAUGUAU